GAGAUCAUUCAUGUCCAUAUAUAAAUGCCAACUUUAUACUAACUUCAGAUUCUAUAAACGUUGGGGUGGGAUGAAUGAUUGUUUAAUUAAUUUUUAAAUACCAUAAAAAUAUGAAAGAUAAACAACUAAAUGAAGAAUUUUUGUAUGAAUUCAAUAAAAUUUUAAUGCGAUCUUUAGUGCCACAUUUUUCAAAUCAAAUAAUACGACCAUGUAUAGAAGAAGAUUUUCAAGAUUUUAAAAAUAUAAUAACAGAUAAUCUUCAUCGCAUUGUUUUGUUAUUAGAUUUUAUUAUACAAAAUGAAGUUCAGUAUAGUAAAAGAACUACAGAAUAUUUAAUUAAGGUUAUAGUUAUUAUUGGUGAACAACAUAAAAAAAGUGCAUGGAAUACUUAUAAAAUUAUAGAGUUAUCUGAAUUAUUAAUAUUUAGGAUUUGUAAAAUUUUUAAAAGUAAAAAUAUAACUGAGAUUCUUAAAAAUAAUGAAAUAUUUAUAAUGAUUAUAAAGUUUUUAAGACCUAAAUUGCUAAAAGAUACUUGGAAAUGUUUUCCAGCUGCUGUUAAUUGUUAUAAAUGGUUAUUGGAAUUAAGUGAAAAACCUCUAUUAAAAAGUUAUAUACAGGACAUAGUACCAACAGCUUUAAUAAUUGUUGAUGAUUAUGUGCAAGAAAAUCAAAUGUUAGCUUUAAAAUGUAUAAGUAUAAUAAUCGAACAUUGUCAAAAAAGCAAAAUUUUAAAAAAUUUUAAUUAUGAUGAAGUUAUUUUUCAAGCUCUAAAAAAAAUAUCUUAUAAAGUAGAAUCAAUUAUGAUGACUUCUCUGUAUUCUUGUAUUUCAAGUUUAAUAUCUAAUAUUGAUUGUUAUGAAAAAAAAAGUACUAUUUUCAAUUGGACUAAAUGGGAUGAAAUAUUAACUAUUCUUUUUGAUAAUAUGGAAUUACAAACUAAUCAUCAGUAUCAAUAUGCUUAUAUUACAUGUCUCUCAAAAUUUUUGACAUAUAUUAAUUUAGGUAAAUGGUCUAAUAGAUUGAUUCAAAUUUUAAGUGAAUAUUGUGAAAAUAAUAUUGAUUUAAUUAUUAUUAAUGGAACAUUAGAAUGUAUUAAAACUUUUUUAUUAAUAUAUCAACCACAAGGAGAAAACUUUUAUAUUGUAAUGUACAGUUUAUUAUUGAAGCUUCGUUAUAAAUGUGCUUUAUUUCAAACAAAUAGCAAGGAAAUUAUUAUUAAAGUUGAUCAAUGUAUUUUAUUAAUAAGUAAAUUAUGUCCAAAUCUUAAUAAAGAAAUUAUUAAUAGUGGU